UUUAAAAGGAAUUUUUAAGGAUAAUGGUUGUUUAUAAAAGCUUAGUAUUUUGUUAAUAAUUUAUUACUCAUUUAAAAAUGAAGAACUUUGUUGCACUUAUCAUACUAAGUUGUCUUUCGGUUAUCGUCCUUUCACAAACGACGAAUCGUUUGUGCCCUGACAAUUCCACCCCAGGAUGCAAACCUUGUUGUCCAGAUCCAAGUUGCCUUUUCAGAAAACCAAUAUGUCCUUUUGAAAAAGUCUGUAAAAAUUUGCUUCCAAAUUUGUGUCUUUUUGAAUGUAGAUGCAAUCCAGGUUAUUUAAAGAAUAUCGUUGGUCACUGCGUUUUGCCAGAUAAGUGCCUAUUAAAAUAAAUGUAUCAAGUUAGGAGUUGUUAGUUCUGCUUGACAAAAUUGAGCAGUAACUGUCAUAUAAUUAAACUUGUUGUUAUUGAA